AUGGCCAAAAAGUGUGUACACAAAGGCUGCGGCAAAGCUUACGACAAUGAGACAGAAGAAUGUGUUUAUCACCCCGGCCCGCCCGUUUUCCAUGAGGGGCAGAAAGGCUGGAAAUGCUGCAAACCACGCGUCUUGACGUUUGAUGAAUUUCUUUCCAUUCCGCCCUGCACGACAGGCAGACAUUCAGAGGUCGACGACACGCAGGCCGCGAAGCCUGCCACCGAUGGCACCACCACGCCGAUCAUCACUGAAGAAAUAGCUGCAACGACACCUGAAGCGCCCUCCGCUACAUUCGCGGCCCCCAGUGGCUUAGAAACAACGAGCCAUUUAUCUGCGGCUCUUCCAAGCCGCGGCCCCAUCCAACGACCUGCAGGCUUACACUCUUCAUCCUCGCCCGCUCCGCCGCCAGAAUCGGACUCGGACGACCCAACCGUGCCAAUUCCGGCAGGAACCACUUGCCGGCGGCGUGGAUGUAAUGCUUCUUACGAUGCGAAAGGAUCCCGUGAAGAGGAGAAUUGUGUGUACCAUCCAGGUGCAGCGCUAUUCCACGAGGGCAGCAAAGGCUGGACAUGUUGCAAGCGACGAGUAUUGGAAUUUGAAGAGUUUAUGAAGAUUGGGGGAUGUCAGACAAGGAACCGGCAUUUAUUUGUGGGCAGUGGCAAAGGAAAGGAUGGUAAGACUGGUGGGGAGGAAUUGCUAAUCUAUCUCAAACACAGGCAUGACUUCUACCAGACCCCCACAUCGGUCAUUGCGUCGCUGUUUCUAAAGAAGAUUGAUUCUAAAUCAGCCAAGAUUCAAUUUUCUUCAUCACAUACGGUCUUUCUCGACCUUCCCACUACUGAUAACAAGCGGUACAAGGCAGAUGUUCCCCUGUAUGGGGCAAUUGAUACAGAGAAGUCAGCCUUUAAAAUCAUGGGCACGAAGCUCGAACUCACGCUUGUCAAAGCGGACGGCACGAGCUGGCCAGUGCUACGGAGCGACGAAGAGCUAACCGGCGAAAUCAUUCAAGUCGGCAGGGCAGGCAGAGUAUGAACAAGAAAGUUUGAAAGAUAAUUUUUAAUACGUGGCAGCGGGAGCGGUGAUUGGCUCGGGAGGGCGUUUAGAGGAGCGAGGCAGGCAAUGAUAAAUGAAGACAG